AUGGAGUUGCAGGGCAUCCUCGGGGACGGGGAGGGUGAUAUGAGGAGGUUUGGCGUAAACGAGAGAAAUGAUGAAGAUGGACUCGAGUCACCGGAGGAGGUUGUUAGAGGGUAUAUUUCCUUAGCGGAGGGGAUGCGGAGGGUGGGCGAUUUGAACGGAGCUGUGGCGAGUUACUUGGAGGCACUCGAACUCCUCAUCGACUCUCAAGACAAUCGAACAGAGGUCGCAGAGGAUGUUUCGGAUAGCGAUACGGCGAGAGAAGGUGACGAUUUGGACGUGGUCGCGCUCAUGGCCAAGAUGGACGAUUUCUGUCGGGAGAUUGCUGCUCCUGUGCUACACGAGAUUUACGUCCCCCAUCAUUUGGCACCACAAACACUUAACGAUAUUCGACAACUGGCUUCGGCCAUCUACCACAAUCGACGAGACAUUUUUGGCAAAGCGGAUCCCGAAACGCUAGAGUCCCUUCGCUUGCUCAUGAUGAUGCUCUUUGUCAUUGGGCGGUGGACGGAUGCGAUCGACCAUGGGCGAGAGUACCUCCGGCUGACUAGUAUGAUAACCGAGCACACGGACGUUCACGAGAGGAUGGAAGUGAAGCGUGUACUUGGGUUGAUGCUACGUGAGCUGGACGCUACCGAACAAAAGGAGGCACAAAUGCACUUGGACGAAGUCUACCGGUUCCGAAAGGACGAGCUUGGCCGGACCCACGAAAAGACGAUCCGAAGCUUGUUUGACUUGUCAACCGUCAACGAGUCGUUGGAUAAUUUGGAAGAUAUGGUGGCUAUGUUUGAAGUCGUGGUCGACGAGUGCAUUGGCGAAUUGGGAGAAGGUCACCCGCGGACGUUGCUCUGCUUGUCUCACCUUAUAUUGCUCUUCGAUAAGGUGGGAAGAGAGGACGACGCUUCGGAUAUGCAAGCUACCCUUAGCCAACGCCUAGAAGAGGCACGAGAGAAGCGUCAUGGUGACCUGUUCCUGGCCAUGGCCAAUCAAGCACUGUUCCUCGUAGAGUUGGAAGAACUCGAUGAGGCAGAAGCUGUCUACCAACGCCUCACAAACCUCUACUCUACCUCCCUAAGCGAAAGCCACCCAGAUCGUAUACGGAUUAUGGAGCAGUAUGCGCAAUUUAUGCAGUCCAUUGGCGAAGUACCAUCGGCCACUGAAGUUCGAGGAAGGGUCGUCGAGACGUUGAAGAAGACACUAGGGCCGCAACACCCGCAAACGUUACGAUCGACCUUUGACCUAGCAAGCUGCCUUGGCGCCUCUAGUCAGUUCCCACAAGCCAGAACCUUACUAGAAGAAGUAGUUACAGGGUACCAAGAAAUGCUAGGAGCCGAAUGUGGAAAGGUCGUUGAAGCUCUACAAGCCACUGGCGUCAUCCUCGUUCAGCUCGGUGAGCUGGUCCAAGCGCGCGAGGUCCACGAGCAGAUCGUCGAAAAGCUCACGGCCAAGUACGGCGAGUCGGAUGAAAAGACGAUUGCGGCGUUUGUGAGUCUUGCUGGUGUCAUUUGGUCCUCUGGUAUGGAGACAGAAGGGCUCGCUAUGGAGGUCAAGGCUAUUGAGUUACAAAAAAGUGUUCUUGGUCCCAAGCACCCUACCACUCUACAGACGAUUCACAAUCACGCCGUCACCUUGCAGUCGAUUGGCCGAUAUUCGACUUCGUUAGCUUUGCUCAAGGAGGUCCAUGCUGCGAGAAAGGACGUACUUGGUGAUGCACAUACGCACACGAUUGCCAGUCUUUAUUCUAUUGCUGUCAGCUUGGAAGGACUGGGCCAAAAUGAGGAAGCGGUCAAGACAGUGGAAGUGGUAGUCGAAGAUGAGGAAGGAGUUGGACUUGUUCGAGAAGAAGUUCGGCGCGUUCAAAACUUCAUGACCGGAACAAUCCAAUCUGAUGGUGGAAUGCAAGGAAAUAUCAACCCUUUGUUUCUUGAAGACGCAGCUACGAUGAAUACAACGGUAAUUGCUGAAAUCAUGCGCAUAGACCGUUCCCUGAGUGCGAGAUAUAAAUUUGACCGUGAUUUUGAAGACUCUCCUACCAAUGUCACCUCCAACACCACAAACAUCGAACCUCCCGUUCCUCUAUACAAUGCAACAGAAAUCAUCGGCAUCCCAGAUGUGAUGCUUCAACUGCGCAGAAGCGCGGAAUUCACCAACGCCGCCUACUGCUCCUCCAAGGCCGUCCAAGAUUGGCAAUGCGGGCCGACCUGUGACGCCCUUGGCAACAUCACUGUAUUUUUCACUGGAGGAGAUAAUCAGCUCACUCCAAACUUCUAUGUCGCAUACGACCCGUCUAUCGAGUCGGUAGUACUUGCCCAACAGGGCACAGACCCGACUCAAAUUCUCUCCCUCUCCGUCGAUGCCGACUUUGGACAAGACCCACUAAACACCACCUUCUUCACCAAUGCGCCGCCGAAUACGAUGGUCCACGGUGGCUUCCAGAAAGCAUUCCUCCGAACGGUGGACGACGUUAGCACACAAGUUCAGUAUGGAUUGUCGACAUUCAAUUCGUCCAAGUUACUCGUAACGGGCCAUUCACUUGGGGCGGCGAUCAGUGUUAUGAAUGGGAUUUACCUCACCCAGCUUCUUGGACCACAAGUCGAAGUCACUACACAAGUGUUUGGAUUACCGAGGGCCGGUAAUUCUGUUUGGGCGUGA